CGCAGGAGGCGAUGUUGCUGCGCGCGGGCCCCUGCGUAAGGCGGACGCCGAGACAGGCCAGCCGGUGAGGCGCCGCCUGGGGAGGCCGCGACCGAGCGCCCGGACCCGCCAUGGGCUGAGACACGUCCUCGCCGAGCAGAACAUGCCUGGGUGACCUUGCUCCCAGAUCUUCCUGGUGGCCUUCCUCGCCCUCCCCAGUGACACUAUGCAACCCUGGCGCGACCUGCGAGGCCCAUGGCUCCCGCUGCUGUCCUGGUUCCUGCUCCUCUGCGAGGUGGCCAGAGCUGGCCGGGCCCUGGUUAGCUGUCCUGCCGCCUGCCUGUGCGCCAGCAACAUCCUCAGCUGCUCCAAGCAGCAGCUGCCCCACGUGCCCCACGCCUUGCCCAGCUACACGGCCCUGUUAGAUCUCAGCCACAACAACCUGAGCCGCCUGCGGGCCGAGUGGACCCCCACGCGCCUGCCCCACCUGCACUCCCUGCUGCUGAGCCACAACCACCUGAACUUCAUCUCCUUGGAGGCCUUUUCCCCGGUGCCCAACCUGAGAUACCUGGACCUGUCCUCCAACCAGCUGCGGACACUGGACGAGUCCCUGUUCAGCGAGCUGCAGUUCCUGGAGGUGCUGCUGCUUUACAACAACCACAUCAUGGCCGUGGACCGCUCGGCCUUCGAGGACGUGGCCCAGCUGCAGAAACUCUACCUGAGCCAGAACCAGAUCUCCCGCUUCCCGCUGGAGCUGGUCAGGCUCCCCAAGCUGACGCUCCUGGACCUCUCCUCCAACAAGCUGAAGAUGCUGCCACUGUCCGACCUGCAGAAGCUGCCCGCGUGGGUCAAGAAUGGGCUGUACCUGCACAACAACCCCCUGCACUGCUCCUGUGAGCUCUACCAGCUCUUCUCACACUGGCAGCACCGGCAGCUGAGCCCCGUCGUGGACUUCCAGGAGGACCUGCACUGCGUGAGCGCCAAGAAGCUGCACAGCAUCUUCAGUCUCAACUGCAGCGAGUACAAGGAGCACGCCUCGGUGGCCCACCUGGGCGACGCCGUGACCAUCCAUUGUGACACCCGGCAGCAGGGCAUGACGAAGGUGUGGCUGACACCCAGCAACGAGCGGGUGCUGGACACCGUGGCCAACAGCACGGUGACGGUGUUCGAGAACGGCAGCCUGCACUUCCGGCGCGUGCAGGUGGAGGACGGGGGUGUGUACACCUGCUACGCCUCGGGGGAGGCUUUCAAUGAGACCCUGUCGGUGGAGCUGAAGGUGUACAAUUUCACCUCGUACGGACACCACGACACCCUCAACACGGCCUACACCACCCUCGUGGGCUGCAUCCUCAGCGUGGUCCUGGUCCUCAUAUACCUGUACCUCACCCCCUGUCGCUGCUGGUGCCGGGGUGUCGAGAAGCCUUCCAGCCACCAAGGAGACAGCCUCAGCUCGUCCAUGCUGAGUACCACACCCAACCACGAUCCCAUGGCCGGUGGGGACAAGGAUGAUGGUUUUGACCGGCGGGUGGCCUUCCUGGAACCUGCUGGGCCCGGGCAGGGUCAAAAUGGCAAGCUCAAGCCAGGCAACACCCUGCCGGUGCCCGAGGCGGCGGGCAAGGGCCAGCGGAGGAUGUCGGAUCCGGAGUCGGUCAGCUCGGUGUUCUCUGACACGCCCAUUGUGGUGUGAGCGGGGCGGGUGGGUGGGGACGUCCUGCCCCAGGAGAGGUGACGCACCCCUGAAGGAUUGGAGGGGAUGGAGGAGAGGGCUGGCUGCCCCAGGGAGUGGCUUCCCCCGGACCUCAAGAGAACUGGUCCUGGGCACAAAAGAAAGCAAGACCCCAGUGGGGAGUGGCUGCCACGAGUUUCAAACAGGGGCGUGUCACUCCCCAGGCAGAUGCUGCACCCCUGCCCCAAACCCCUGUGCUUGUCUGUCAGCGAGCUGGAGGGGGCGGGGGCGAGUCCCAGCUGGGUGGGAAUGAGGAAGGGGUGGGGGCGAGUCCCAGCUGGGUGGGAAUGAGGAAGGGGUGGAGGCAAGAGCAGAGUCCCUAAACUUUUUCAAGAUCAUCCCUAGACCCUUAAGAGAAAGUCAUUUUGGGGGGAAAUCCCUUUUUUUCUAUUUCUGCCCCCCCCCCACACACGCACACAUACCUGUGAUGUUGGGCGGGUUGGGGGAGCUUCCACAGGGGCCUCCUGGCGGGGAGGUCACACUGCACAGUGAGGAAAUGGGAGGCCUCUGGGAAAACGAGUCAGGAAGAAAGGCUGAGACCUCCAGCCAUAGCCCUGCCCCGGGCUGCUGCGAGACUUCCUGAUGCCUCCGUGCUUCCCGAGGCGCCCGGCCCGCCGCCCGUCGGAGAGGGCAGCCGCGUGAGGUGUGGUGUCGGUGCCCUGUCCUGGGGCCGGAGGCGUGGAGGGGCCCGCGGCACAGGUGCGGCAUGAACCCCGGGGAGAGGGGUGAACUGUACUCUGGCUCGGUUCCUGGUUGGGGAAACUGGGGUAGGGUUUGGUGCCUGCACCUGGGUGUCAGGCAGGGGUGGGGGCCGCUUCACAGAGCACAAGGAGGGUGCAUCGGCCUCGCUUAGGUAGCACCCGGCAGGCCCCACCUGACUCUCUGGGUUCACCGUCUCUUCCUUCGGCCUCCUCGUGAAGUUCGGGUGGGGUCCUGAGCUUUCCCCAACUGCUGCUCCGUGGGGGGUAGUCCUGGAAGGUCUGGCCCCGGCCAGGCUAGACGAGGCUUGGGGACACAGAGGUCGGUGUCUCCUCUGUGCUGGCAAAGCUGCCUUGCUCCUCACGGAGGUCUCACCCCUGCUGCCAAGCCAAAGCACAGGGUGCGGUCACCUGAGGGGUUGGAACUGCGUGGUCUCUGUCCAGCGCCAGUUUGGAGUGUGGCUUCGAGUUCUGUGUCUUACAAGGUUCCAGGCAGUCUUGUAACAGGGACAGCGAGUGGCACCGAACCUUCAGAAGGGCAGCUCUGCCAGCCGCAGCGCUGUUAGCCAGAGGUCUGUGCCGGAGGAACUUCCAAACAGGCUGACGCCCCACCCCACCCAGGGUUACAGAACACUUAGGGCCCAGAGGCGGCCACCUGCUGGAACCUCUCCCUCUGACUGGGGGGUGUAAGCCCUGGGACGGCUGGUCUGAGCCUCAUCAAGGGCACGAGCAAGGCAGAGCGGGGGAAGGUUCUCCGAUGUGGGUCGUUUUGGCUCUGUUCCCUCUCGCCCACCAGGCUCCCUGUCCAGCGGGAGUUCUCCAGGUAUCCUGGUGUUCCGACCUGCUCCUUAGGUCCCAACGGGUGUCGUUUCCCCGCGGGCAGCAAGAGCGGCCGCUAGGAGGGCCUGACUCCCUCCGCAGGGAAGGGGACCAGAGCUUCUUCCCCGCCCGCUUCUGGAGGUCAAGGCUGCUGUCCAUCCUUUCUCAGUACCCGGUUUUGUCGAGAGGUGCAGCAUUUCCCUCAAGUACCUGCAUGCUCAUAGGUGUGCACGCUUCUAGGUAUGCAUGCACUCGGCACCUUGGCCCCCACCAGGACAGUGACUCCUCAGUCCCCACUGAGGUGCAUUUCAGAAGGUCUCCACCUGUGUGCACGACGUGAUGCACACAUUUUCUCGCCCUGUAGGAGACAGUGAUCACGCCAGGUGCCCCAAAUAAACUCUUGUCCUUUGAAUUCAUUCUGAGAUCUCGGAAGCUUCACCCACGUCUCUACAGCUCACAGGAGUUCUCGGCAAGGCUUGGAGUUAGGAGAACCACAUGUUGACGACCUUGGGAGAUGGGUGAGGAGGAGCUAGACAGUUCUUCAGACCCUAGGAAGCCUUCCUUGGGUUAGAGACAGUAGACGAGACGUAAACGUGCAGCUAGGUCGAGGAAGGACCCAGAGGAGCUGGCGGGGGACCCGGCAGCUGUCAGCGGCUCUUCCUCUGUGAACUGCCUGGUAGGACAGGGGCAGGAGGGAGAAGUUGGCUGGUUAAGUUCCAGAGGCCAGUGGGUGGGGGGAAACGGGGACUCCCUGCUCCCUUCACAGGGAGCCCAGGGACAUCUCGCCUCUGUGCCAGAGUGUCCCCUCGAGGAGCCGUCCAGGGCUCUGCAAGUCGGAGUGUCAAAUGGAGCCGGCCGGCUGGGGCGGUCCAGCUGAGGCCUGAGGACGAGGAGGGCCCUUUUCUCCCUCUCGUGCCCAAGCUGGGGAACAGGAAAAGGCCCCGAGGCUGUCAGUCCCUUGCUCUGUCCACUGGCUCGGCCCCUGCGACAGACUGAACAAACCAGCCUCUUCCAUGGUUUCAGUGGAUGGAACCCAAAGGGCGCUUUCUCCUGGGGCACCAAGCACUCAGCACACAGGGGCUCCCUAGAACCCCGUGUAGGAAACAGCCCGGUGUGGCUCUAAGAACAGGCUGAGCAGUCCCCCCCGCCGCUCCCCCUCCCCACACCCAUGAACCAGACAUGUCUCCCGGGAAGCAGGUGUCCCUGGAGACAAGAUGACAGGGCUCAACAGUCUACGUGAUUGUUUGUGACCUUUUCCUUGGCCUGCGUUUAUGGGGCUCCUGGGAAGGGGCCAGGAGAAGGUGCACCCCAGCUUGGGGACGACAGAGCCGACAGGCCCGUGUUCCAUGUGAUCUUACCUCUGUCCUCCCUCGUGGCCCUGCUGGCGGAGCAGGCUGGCUCCCCUGUGCGCGGGGCCCGUCCCUCCCCGUGCAGACCCGGGCUGGCGAAUCCUGGAGCCUCUGGGCUCUGAAAACUAGACGACCACCAUUAAACCUGGCUUGAGUCUCUUGUUCUGGCA